GAGCUCCAAAUCUCAGGUCACUUCUCUCUCAGCAAAAUCACACCGUCAUCAUGUCCGUUACUGUCACCAUCUUCCGGCAUCUUUAGCGGCGGAAAUGCUACGAACUCUCAGAUCUCGUCGCCGGCCCCGUUACGGCGCACACGUGUGCGCCUUUAUUGCCGCUCUCCUCCUCCUUCUCUCAGUCUCUCUCCUCCACACGCGUCUCUCUCAACCGCAACACCUCCUUGAUCGCCCCAAGCCUCUGCUAAAUGACGGUGCCUCCGAUUUUGAGGGCUCUAGUUCCUCCAUCGAGGACAAGAUCGACGAACUCGACAACGUCGAUGAAGGACAAGAAAACGACGCCGUGGAUGCAGAUACUCAUGAUCAAGUUCACGACCAGCGUAAGGUUUCUUCAUCUGGCUAUUAUUUCGAUCACGUGGCUGGAUCAAUCAAGCGUGCGUUUAAUAAAAGAUCAAUUGAUGAGUGGGAUUUUGAUCACGUAAGUUUUAAUAGUGUUAGUGAUUUUAGUGUAGAGUCGAGUGUAGAGGAUAGUUUUAAGGGUGUGUUUGGAUCAGAUGAUGUACCGGUGGAUGAUGAGGUGAGGAGGAAGAUGAUUGAAGUGAUUGGAAUUGAAGAUGCCUUGUUGUUGAAGGUAGGGAAGAGGGUUUCACCGUUGAGAGAGAAAUGGGGCGAGUGGUUCGAGAAGAAGAGUGAGUUUUUGAGGAGGGAUAAGAUGUUUAAGUCACAUUUGGAGGUUUUAAAUCCGAUGAAUAAUCCGUUGUUGCAGGAUCCAGAUGGGGUUGGUGUUAGUGGACUCACUAGAGGUGAUAAAAUUGUGCUGAAGGGGUUGUUCAAUGAGUUUAAGCGUGUACCGUUUAUUGGGAAGAAGCCUCCGGGAGUUGGAGAAAGUAGGAAGAGUGAGAUUAAGAGGGCGGAACGGCGGACUUUGAAGGAUAAUGCAAGUAAUGGAACACAUAGUAGGGGAGUGAAUGAUGAUGGCGAGGAGAAUUUAAGCUUAAUUGCAAAUGUGAAUUUAGUGAAUGAGAGUAACAGCAAUAAGGUAAAUAAGUCGUAUGAGGAAUUGAGCAAUGAGAGUAAUAAGAAUGAUAAGGUAGUGGGAAGUUCUGAGGGUUAUAAGAGGAAGGAUGAGUUCUCGAGUCAUGUAUAUGCUGAUGGAAAAAGAUGGGGUUACUAUCCUGGUUUGCAUCCUAGGUUGGCUUUUUCAGGUUUUAUGGAUGCCUUCUUUAGGAAGGGGGAGUGCGAUAUGCGGGUUUUUAUGGUGUGGAAUUCACCUCCUUGGAUGUAUAGUGUCAGGCACCAAAGAGGGCUUGAGAGUUUGCUUUUCCAUCAUCGAAAUGCUUGUGUUGUGGUGUUUUCUGAGACGAUUGAGCUUGACUUUUUCAAAGACAGCUUUGUGAAGGAUGGUUACAAAGUUGCUGUAGUCAUGCCAAAUCUUGAUGAACUACUGAUGGAUACACCUGCCCAUAUAUUUGCUUCUGUCUGGUAUCAAUGGAGAAAGACAGAGUUUUACAGUACUCACUAUAGUGAGCUUGUUCGGCUUGCUGCUCUCUACAAAUAUGGAGGUAUCUACAUUGAUUCUGAUAUUAUAGUUCUGAACAACUUGUCUUCGCUUAACAAUUCUGUUGGUCUGGAGGAGCAACUUGCUGAAAGUCCUUUGAAUGGUGCUGUGAUGGCAUUUAGGAAGCACAGUCCCUUCAUAUUGGAGUGCUUGAAUGAGUUUUAUAUGACAUACGAUGAUACCCAAUUGAGAUGGAAUGGAGCUGAUCUUUUGACUAGAGUUGUAAGAAAGUUUUGGAGUAAAGAGAAUACAUCUCUCAAACAAUUGGAGUUGAAAGUACAACCCGCUUUCAUUUUCUUCCCUAUCAGUUCACAGAAUAUCACAAGAUACUUCACCACUCCACCAACAGAGAGUAAAAAAGCUGAACAAGAUGAUCUACUGAAGAAGAUUCUGAGUGGAUCUUUGACAUUUCAUUUUUGGAACAGCAUGACUUUUGCUAUCACUCCUGAGCCAGAGAGCCUCGUAAGCAGGCUUAUUGACAACUCCUGUAUCCACUGCUUGGAUGUGUUAUGAGUUCCCUGUAAUUCCUCUGAUCUGUUCUGAAAUCGGUCAAGAUAGGAUUGAAAAGAUAUCGUUUUCAGAGCAUUUCUUUUUAAUUGACGAGCUGGAUCGAUAUUGGAGAUCUUAAAUCAUCUAUGGAAACAUGAGAAGCAGGCCCAUACAUUCAGUUGUACAGUUUCAUACAUUAAUAUGUGAGAUUGUAUUCGAAAGGAUAAUUAUUCUUCAUUCAUUGAGGUCAGAAGAUCAAUCGUUUGCCGAAUCUGGGCUAACAAUUUUGCAAUUUGGUUGCCGAGAAGGCUAGUGUGAAUCAUGUGGCUAAAUUUUUAAAAGAAAUUGUAAUUUAUUUAUUCAUUUUGUUCUGUCGAGGCAAUUAUUUCAAUUUCGUUUAUUCAA